AUGUCCGAUAACCAUGUGAAAGAACCUAACCGGGUGUCCAAACGCGCUAUAGCCAGUAUCAUCGCCGGCAGCGUGGCCUCAGUAGCUGGCGAGCAGCUCACCCUCGCACUCGCCGGAAUAGUCAAAAAAAUGCUUCCUCUCACCGAGUGGGAACCCGCUCGUGAGGCUUUUACUCAGGAAGCGACUAUGUCACUGUGGAACAACAACCCAGACCCGGCCAAGUGGGUCGCGGCUGUGUGCUACAACCAGGCAUGGGAUGUCAGCAACAAGUCAGGCAUUUCGGACGUAGUGAGCAUGAAGUUUAGCCUCGGUGCUCUCAACACCGACUAUGAUUGCAUGUAUAUUGGAAAGGGCACCCAGUUUUAUACUCAGGGCGAUGGUGGUUUCAUUAAUCUUCGCUACCAAUACGACGACAAGGCUUGCAAAUAUGAUCCCAUCACUGGUGAUCUUUCUUGCUAG